UGCUAGCUGACGUCGACUCGGAGACGGCCGGCUAAUGGGGUCAAGCGGACGCGCCGGUGCGACAACACGAGACCGCCAAAAGGGGGAUUUGUUGUUUUCCGGAACUUGUGUAUCGGUCGCAGACGCACGGACUCGUUUAAUGCGUAACGAGCGGCUCGCGUGGAGCCGACGCCGCCGAAUUAACACAGAGGCCCGUAUGUAGCUAACUAGCUUAGCAUAGGUAGUUAGCUUGUUAGCUCCGCGGCACAUCGAUAAGGAGGCUCGUUUUCGUUCAUGUUUCAUUUGUAACGCAGUCCGUCUGCUCCGCCAAACGACCCCGUGCGUGCUGCCUUCACCCCACGACAAUGGCCGAGCAGGAUGCUGGGGCCAUGGAGCAGAACUCGGACAGGAGCUGCUGGGUGUGCUUCGCCACCGAUGAGGACGACCGCGCGGCCGAGUGGGUCCGGCCGUGCCGGUGCCGCGGCUCCACCAAGUGGGUCCACCAGGCCUGCCUGCAGCGCUGGGUGGACGAGAAGCAGCGCGGCAACAGCACGGCGCGCGUGGCCUGCCCACAAUGCAACGCCGAGUACCUCAUCGUGUUCCCCAAGCUGGGGCCUGUGGUCUACGUGCUGGACCUGGCCGACCGGCUCAUCUCUAAGGCCGGCCCCUUCGCCGCCGCCGGCAUCAUGGUGGGCUCCAUAUACUGGACCGCCGUCACCUACGGAGCCGUCACCGUCAUGCAGGUGGUGGGCCACAAGGAGGGCCUGGACGUCAUGGAGCGGGCCGACCCGCUGUUCCUGCUCAUCGGCCUGCCCACCAUCCCCGUCAUGCUGAUCCUCGGCAAGAUGAUCCGCUGGGAGGACUACGUCCUGCGCCUGUGGAGGAAGUACUCCAGCAAGCUGCAGAUCCUCAGCAGCUUCUUCCCAGGGAUUGGCUGCCCAGUGCCUCGCAUCCCGGCGGAGGCCAGCCCCCUGGCCGACCACGUGUCCGCCACGCGCAUCCUGUGCGGCGCCCUGGUCUUCCCCACCAUCGCCACCAUCGUGGGGAAGCUCAUGUUCAGCAGCGUCAACUCCAACCUGCAGAGGACCAUCCUGGGAGGCAUCGCCUUCGUGGCCAUCAAGGGGGCGUUCAAGGUCUACUUCAAGCAGCAGCAGUACCAGAGGCAAGCCCACCGCAAGAUCCUCAACUUCCCCGAGCAGGAGGAGGCCUGAGGAGGACGGACCAACCACACACACACCUCACACACACACCUCACACACACACCUCACACACAACUGGUGAACUAGAGGCCAGGAAGUGCUUGCGAGAUGGACUUGCGAUCGGCGACGCCCCCUUUACCUCUGACUCCUCCUCCUCGCCUUGUUUUUAUGGAGGGACAUUCAAGCGACGGCGUCUUCGCCGCCGCCAUCCUUUAUUUUAUAAGCUCCCGAUGCUUCGUGAAGACGAGUCAGACCUGUGGACCCACAAUGGAGCUUGUUUUCGCGCACACACACACACACACAUAUACACACACACACACACAGGCUGUGUCUUUCUGGUGAUCUGUAACACUUGUUGUAAACUUACUGUGUUUUAAACAAACCGAUGCGGGGCAUGUGUAAUUAGAAAGUUUUAUAAUAAUAAUAAUAAUAAUUAAAUGAUUGUUUUAUAUGGUUAUUUUGCAGAUCGGACCCCUUUGCCAAAGCUCGGGGGUCCACGUUUUUCCGCGUGUAGAAUGUAUUACUGACGCCGACCACACGGCGACAUCCACACCCUCUGUGCGUUGCUCAAAGGCCUCUCGGCAGUGUUUACCUUGUCGCAGCUUCAGCUCCCGUUUCCCCAAACGUGUUCUGUGUGCUCACCAAACGAAGCCGCAGGUCUGGUCGAGCCUGUUGCCGUGACGACACCGGCCGGAUGUAUAACGUGGAGGCUUCUUUUUUUCUUUUGUUUUUGGACUGUCGAAGCAUCUCAAAAGUUUUUGCUGAAGCCCGACGGUUCAGUCGAGCUGAAGCUCCACGUUGUUUUUUAUUCCGGGGGGGAAAAAAUGUAAAGAUUCAUUUCAGCCAAAUGAUGAAAUCUAUUGUUUUAUCACUUAUAAAUCUUUCUGUGCAGAUAGUUUGUUGCCCAGGUUUUCUGUUCGUAUUCCUGCCGAUGCCUCGCUGGCCUUAGAAUGAAAGGGGACAUCGUUUGAAUUACGUCCCUACAAAAUAAGAGCGUUUGGGGCUGCGGUGGAAAUCCUAAAACCCUGAACAAUGCAACACUAUCUGCACAGGAGCAAUGUGGGAACGUUUUGUUUUUGAAGUGUCCCUGAACACACCGCCACACGGCGGCUAUAAGUUUAAUUUUUAUUCACGACGUGAUGAACAAUGAGCCCCAGCUUUUUGUUUUCUCCCUCAAACCCGUGAGCGCACAACGACGUGGCGUGUGCAACCCUCACGUGAUCUACACGCCGCCAAAAGAGACGUCCGACAUUUAGAGUUCUACGCUAUGAGUUCUGUGAAUAAAUGUAUUUUUCCAAUGAG